CCCUUGAGUCCUAGUGAAUCUGCCAGUGAACCCGCGGUGUGAGCUGUGUGAUGAGAAAUGGUAAUAGCAACACAUAACAAAGUACUUACGAUCGAGCACACUACUCAUCUAUAUACAGCUACUGAGUCCCGAGACUCAAAGAGCUCAGCGCUCACCGGAGCCAGAAGGCUUGGCAGAACACAAUGCGUUAUGCAUAGCUCAGGCCUCGAUUUCAUGCCCCUCAUCACACACAUCUAUAGCACGUGUUCACAUUGAUGUAGUGCAGCGUGGAUUCAGCGAGGACCGUUCUCAGAAUCCACAUAAGUCAGACAAGGCCGUUGUCUUGAACGCGCAAUACGCCGUCCUCUGUCCUCUCCAUACGCAUUGAUCAUGACUGAAGCACUGAGCAUCAGAAUAGCUGUCAUGGGACCCUCUGGAAGUGGCAAGACGACAUUCAUCAAUGAGGCCAGCGGAUCUGACUUUGCAAUUGGAAAAGGUCUCGAGAGUUGCACCGGUGAAGUGCAAGCAACGAAACCAUUCAAACUUAACGGCCGGGAAGUGACAUUGAUUGACACUCCCGGCUUCGACGACACCAGCCGCAGUGAUACAGACAUCUUAGCGAUGAUAGGAGCAUACCUCUCGCAGACAUAUGAGCACGGUGCCAAACUUGCUGGUAUCAUUUACAUGCACCGCAUAUCAGAUUUCCGGAUGGGAGGGACAAACAAACGGAAUUUCAAGAUGUUCCGAGAACUCUGUGGGGAGUCCACUCUGCGAAAUGUGUUGAUCGUGACGAACAUGUGGAGCGAAGUUGCUUCUGACCUUGGGGAGGUGAGGGAGAAGGAGCUAGAGAGUAAUUUUUUCAAAGGAAUCUUCGACAAGGGUGCGCGGAUGUUGAGGCAUGAAGGCACGCGAGAAUCGACGCACCGCAUCCUACGACACCUGAUCAAUAACCAACCCGCCACGCUCCUCAUUCAAAGGGAGCUCGUGAAAGAGCACAAGAAUAUCAUCCAGACCUCUGCAGGAUCUGAGCUGACGCGAGUUCUGAAUGAGCAACGAGAACACCACGAAGAGGUAGUGGCUCAGUUGCGCAAGGACAUGGAGGCAGCGAUCCGUGAUAAGGACCACGAAACGAGGGAGGAACUUAAGGAGGAGAUACGGACCAAGCACGAGCAGAUCUUGAAGUUGCAAGGCGAAAACGAGCGGCUAGAGGCAGAGUUCAAAGCCGCCAAGGAGAGGCUUGAGGUUCGGAUCAACGCAAUGGAAGAGAAACAUCACGAGCAAGAACAGACUGUAGACGCCUUGAAAGAACAGCUGGAGACGGAGAGAGAAAAUAGGGAAAAGCUGGACAUCGAACAGGAACAGAAGGAACAGCGAUUGCGUCGCCUGGAAGAGGACAAUGCAAAAGCUCAGGAACUGGAGCGCCUGAAUAACGUCUACGAAUUGGAUAGACUUGCCGCUGUUCGUGCUGAACUCCAGGAAGAGCUUCGUAAGGAAGAGCAGCAGAGCAUGAAGGAGCCACAUGAAGGAGGCGGCGGGCUAAUGGAGGAUGUGAUCACCUGGGUGAAGUCGUGGUGGUCAUGAUGUGAACCGUGACAAUAUUUGUAUUUAUUGUAAUUGUAGUG